AUGCUCGCCUUUAGACCCUAUGGUCUCCAGCUCCUUGGUUGCUUGCAUCGACCUCCCAGGCUGCUAGUCGUCGGCCUUCGCAGCAAUGCACGAUUAACCCAAUGUCGUGGUCCAUUGCACGCUCAGGCUCGCAACUUUUCGUUCUCUUGCGUGCAUCGGUCUGACACACCCAACCAAACCACUAAUACGCCUCCACUCUCAUCUCAACCUCAGGCUCCCGGUAUAUACAAUGGACCUCUCACUGCUACUUUCCGCCGACUGAAAGUUUUUUCACUGGCGUCUUUCGGUCUUUCUGUAACACUCGCCCCAUUUAUGUUCUUAGUGGAAUCCAACCUCCCUCUCAGCGCCCGUUUCGCCCUCGCUUCCAUAGCGACUGGAACCUCAGGAUUGAGCACUUUUCUUGUUGCAUGGUGCGCCAAGCCCUAUGUUACAAGUCUGAACCGCAUGAUUUCGGACGAUAAAUCGGAAUUACUCGAGAUGACCACCAUGACUUUGACACUUCGUCCUCUGGUCACAAGGGUUUAUGACCCAUGCUUCCUUAUUGAAACGAAACGACCUAUGGCGAAGUGGGAGUUGGCGGAUUCUAUCGUGGUGUCGCCAAACAAACAGGAAUCAGCUCUUCCUGGUCUAGAAGAAACGGUGGCGGAGACACGAGAUAAAAAUGGCACCAUUAUCGGAAGAUGGGUUGUCAAGUGGGGAGAAAAUGGGCAAGGCACUUGCCACCAAGUAGGGCGUGUCGUUCGGGUUGCUUACGCGGGGUUUCAGCUACUUCAAUGUACACGAGGAGCUAUUACGAUGAGUUACGCGGAAGGCGAAGUCAUCAGGAGAUGCCGAAAUACCACCUCCAUUCAGUGCUGCAAGCUUGGGUCCAACAUUUAG